GUCCCCGGCAUGCGACUCGAACACGCCUUCGAGUCGCUCUCUGCCUCCGAGCGCGACGCAAUUGCGCGCCAGCUUAAGGGUAUCUUCACCCAGCUCCGCGGCCUCACGGAUGGCCAAACAAGACUCCAGCCGUUCGACUGCGACUGGACGCGCGACGAGUUCCUGGCUUUCUUCGACCUCAACCGCACCCCCAUGUUCUCGCACGGCGACCUGACGCCCUGGAACAUCAUGGUGCACAACGGGCGCAUCUCUGGCGUCGUCGACUGGGCGGAGGCGGGAUGGUACCCGUACUUCUGGGACAGCUUCGUACUAGAGCGCGCGGCGGACCGAUUUUGGCAGAUUCAAGGCGUC